GUUGCGGCGGGCGUAGUGCGCGAGUGGUUUUUGGUUAAGCGUACCGUGAUUUACUCGAUAUAUAAUAUUUUAUAUCGCUGCCCGUGUUAAAACCUUGUGAAUAAACCUUUCGACAAAAUGGAGGCAAAGGAAUUCAAGGAGUUUGCGAAAGCGAUGACGGACUACAUCGCAGAAUACCUUGAAAACAUACGAGAUCGGCAAGUGGUGCCAUCUGUGAAGCCUGGAUAUCUGAGACCAUUGGUGCCGGAGCAGGCUCCAGAGAAACCGGAACCUUGGACCGCAGUAAUGGUGGAUAUUGAACGGGUUGUCAUGUCAGGAGUCACACACUGGCAUUCACCUAAAUUUCACGCGUACUUCCCCACUGCCAACUCAUAUCCCGCUAUAGUAGCUGAUAUGCUGAGUGGAGCAAUUGCCUGCAUUGGAUUUUCAUGGAUUGCAAGUCCUGCUUGCACUGAGCUCGAAGUCGUGAUGUUGGAUUGGCUGGGUCAGAUGCUUGGUCUUCCUGAAGAGUUCUUGGCCCGUUCUGGUGGUGAAGGUGGCGGUGUUAUUCAAGGGACUGCCAGUGAGGCCACACUGGUCGCUCUACUUGGUGCUAAGUCAAAGGCUAUGCAUCGUAUCAAAGAGCAACACCCCGAAUGGACUGACGUGGAAAUAUUAUCUAAACUUGUUGGCUAUUGCAACAAACAGGCACACUCUUCGGUAGAGCGAGCAGGUCUCCUAGGAGGCGUAAAGCUGCGAUCACUAAAUCCUGACAGCAAGCGGAGUUUAAGAGGUGACACACUCAGGGAUGCAAUAAAGGAAGAUAUCAAGAAUGGUCUCAUACCAUUUUGCGCUGUGGCUACUCUAGGUACCACAUCAACUUGCGCUUUUGAUGCUCUUGAUGAAAUCGGUGACGUAUGUCGCGAAAAUGAUAUCUGGCUGCAUGUCGAUGCAGCGUACGCUGGUUCAUCAUUCAUAUGCCCCGAAUACCGAUAUCUUAUGAAAGGUAUAGAAAAAGCGGACUCGUUCAACUUUAACCCCCACAAGUGGCUGCUAGUUAACUUUGACUGCUCCGCUAUGUGGCUGAAACAGCCCCGUUGGAUCGUUGAUGCAUUUAACGUUGACCCUCUGUACUUAAAGCACGAUCAGCAGGGAUCAGCGCCGGAUUACAGACAUUGGCAAAUUCCUCUCGGCCGUCGUUUUAGGGCUCUUAAGCUGUGGUUCGUCCUAAGAUUGUAUGGAAUUGAAAACCUUCAAAACUUCAUCCGUAAACAUAUCGCAUUAGCACAUUUCUUCGAGAAACUUUGUGGCGAAGAUGAGAGAUUCGAAGUGGUUGAGGAAGUUCUCAUGGGCCUUGUCUGUUUUAGACUAAAAGGUGAUAACGAUUUAAAUGAAGCGUUAUUGAGACGUAUUAACGGACGAGGAAAGAUUCACUUGGUUCCAUCAAAAAUUGACGACUCAUACUUCCUAAGAUUGGCUAUUUGUUCCCGUUUCUCCGAGGAGAGUGAUAUACAAGAAUCUUGGGAGGAAAUUAAGGCUUCGGCUAGUGAUGUGUUGGCAGAAAACAAAUGAUUACAACAUAAAUCAGACAAGAUAUAUUUAUCGUAAAUAGCUAAUAUUAUGUUAUUGUACUCAAAAGUAUUAGAGAAAUUGUUGUCUGCGCUUAGCGUGACUGAAAAAAAAAUAUUUACAUUCAAUGAAGUAUAUUGAUAAAUGUAAUUUUUUCAUGUUAUCUGAUUGCAGCAUAUCGUGUAUUGUGUGUUGAUAUGAUUAAAUUCAAUGUGUAUGUGUAGAGAUAAGUUUAUCUCCUUAACUUGCCAAUGAUUUAAAUGUUAUAAGGUGCUGAUUUACAUUUUAAUGGGAGAAUUUAAGAUUUUAUGUACCUACUGUAUUUUACAAUAUAAACAAAUUUUAUUGCAUGUAUAUUAUUCAUACUUAAUUGUUAUUUCAAAUACAUUGAGCACAGCAUAUUACAGCAGAAAUUCAGAACUACAUACUUCAUGUAGUUAUCAUUAAUGUCGUUUAUAAAUUCAGUAUUAUCAAAUAGAGAUAUAGCUUAAAAUUUUAUGUAAAAGCUUCUAUAUGUUUGACCUAGUGAAGUAUCUACUUUAAACACUGAAAUUAUUGAUCUAUCAUUUGAGGACGACAUUCCUCAAUGUAGUACAUAAUUAUAACUUAUAAGAGCAAUAAUAAAUCAUAUUCCA